UGUCGAAUUACUCGUCUGUAGGCUUCAUCCUCGCAUUUCUCUCUCUCUCUCCAUUAUGGAAGUGACUAAGUGAGUAAGAGAGAGAGAGAGAGAGAGAGAGAGAGCGCAAACUCAGCAGAGCUGCUGAAUAAUUGAAAUCCACGACUCUCCAGCACGGCUGUGCGAUUUACCUACGCGUACGAGCAGCAAGCUCACUGAUUAGACCCCCUUUGUAUGGGAUGAUCUUUCUCGUGCACAUUCUGUUCAUGCUCAGGUUGCAAAUAAGGUGAUUAAUUUUUUUUUUCCAACGCGAUCUCCGUCUACUUCUCUUCUCAACCUUAAAACAGCUGAAAUUUGAAAGCUUUCUCUCUUCUGAUCGUCCCACACCAGCCGUCACCCUGAAGUUUCUCGCUGUUCUCCUCGCCGCGGGAAUGCUGGCGUUCCUCGGGGCAAUCAUCUGCAUCAUCGCCAGCGUUUACCCCGGCUUCGGCAAAGCCCCUCCGCCGUCGUCAAGCCUCAAUGAAUCGCUGUCCUCGGCCACGAUGCAGCACUCUGGCUCAUCCCCUGAGGUGGGCUACCUGAGCGCUCUCCAUGGUACUGAAGCGGCCAACGGAGGGCAGGGUUUGGGCCGGGGUAGGGGUUUCGGUUUGAGUGCCGAAGCCCCUACUUUCAACGGCUUGAGCGGUCAACAUCAACCGGAGCAACAGUUCAGUUUUAGUCGAAUGAUCUGCACGCCGAUUCCAGCCGAUCAGUGCAAAUCGAAGCAGGACUCUAAACAGCCUCAAUCGGAUGACCCGACUCUUUAUUCGGGGGAAGACUACGGUUACCUUCGCUCCACUGCGGAUCAGCUCCGGCAGACCGUCCUCUCACAGAAAGACCAGAUUUUAAAUGACCAGGAGACAAUCAGGGAGCUGACGAACAAAUUGAAUGAGUGUGAAAAUGGACUAGAGGAGCGAAGUGUGAAUGGAAAAAGUCUGGCGGGCACGGCGGCGGCUCUCUGGGGUUCACGGAGAGACACGAGUCGGAUGGUUGGAGAUCGACCCCAGCCAGCGGCCAACUUGCACACGAUUCGGGCGGUGGAGCAACUGGAGCAAGCCACCCGACAUCUGAAAGACCGGAUCGAGAAACUUGAGCAGGACUUGCUGUCUCAAGCAAACUCAUCCACUCACCUCCCUGGAGCCCCCUGGCCACCAGCUGAUUCAAUGCAUUGGAAGAUGGAAGAUCUAGAAGGUCAGCUACAGCAAAAGAUGCUCCAGCUGCAGAAAGAGAAGGCCUCCUUGCUGAAAGAUUCGGAGCACAAUCGACACGAGAUUGACCAGGGGCUCAACACCUUGCACCAUCGAGUGACUGAGCUAGAGAAAGCCUCAGAAUACAAGCUGCCCGAAGGCUACAAGAUCUCUUUCCCUGUGCGCACCAACUACAUGUAUGCGGUGGUCCGCUACAGCAUUCCAGAGCUGUACGCCUUCACUGCUUGCCUGUGGCUCCUUCCACGCUCUGCCACUGCCAUCGGGACGCCCUUCUCUUAUUCUGUUCCUGGACAGGCCAACGAGAUCGUCCUCCUUCAAGGGGUGCACAAUCCAGUGGAGCUGCUCAUUAAUGACAAGGUGGCUCAGCUCCCACUGCAGCUGGCAGAUGCACACUGGCACCACAUCUGUGUGACCUGGACCAUCCGGGAUGGGGUCUGGCAAGCCUACCAGGAUGGAGAACUGAAAGGAAAGGGGGAGAACCUGGCACCUUGGCAUCCUAUCAAACCAGGCGGAGUGCUCAUUCUGGGACAGGAACAGGAUACACUUGGAGGACGCUUUGAUGCUACCCAAGCCCUGGUAGGUGAGCUUGCCCAAUUCAACUUGUGGGACAGAGUCCUCACUCCCUCUGAGAUACACAGCCUGGCCGACUGCACGGAGACUAGCAUGGGCAACGUGGCGUCAUGGGACGACAGGCAUAUUGACGUAUUUGGAGGGGCCACAAAAUGGCCCUUUGAGUCCUGCCAAGAGCGCCGUCAGAGGGGCCCACCAGAUGAAGAAGUAAACUAAAAAAAAAAAAAAAAAAUGGGCCCACGUGCGCCCACCCUCACCUUUCUGAAGGGCAGAUUCACAAGCAGCACCUUCUACUACUUGUCUGGGCAGAACUACAAACCUGGCAAGGCUGUUAAUGAAAUGAUUUAGUGUUGAAAAUGUGGGUUGUGUGGUUUUGGGAGAUGUGAAGGAAAAUACAAUGGUACUGGGAACCAGCAGCAAGAAAAGCAAUUCUUUUUUUUUUUUUUCCAUGUGUUGUUGUCACGCUAUCUAACAUGGCUCUCUCCACUUCCCCAAAGUGAUAUGUAACUACAAGCUUGCCAGGCUGCCACAACUGCUUGUGAAUCCAACCGCAUUCUUGUGGGUGGAUGUGUGGGUGUGCCUCUUAUGAGCUAGACGGCCUGGGAAAUAUUAAUAACGCUCGUCACAGCGAGUCGGGCUGGAGGCUGAAAGUGGUCAUCUGGGGGUGGUGAGGAUGGGGGGGGGGGGGGUUUGGCAGAGAACUUGGGGUAGCAGUCCUUGGAUAUUUUGCCAUCCCACCGCCUAUGAAAGUGCCUGGUCGGUUAUCUAAUCGGCCUAAAACCCUUUAUGUAGUUUAGCAAUUCAUUUGCAAUGCUGUGAUGAAAUAUUGUGAGGAAAACAACAUAUGAAAGUCUAUCUAUCUAUCUAUCUAUCUAUCUAUCUAUCUAUCUAUCUAUCUAUCUAUCUAUCUAUCUAUCUAUCUAUCUAUCUAUCUAUCUAUCUAUCUAUCUAUCUAUCUAUCUAUCUAUCUAUCUAUCCUGCCGACUACACUAACGUUAGUAUCUAUCUAUCUAUCUAUCUAUCUAUCUAUCUAUCUAUCUAUCUAUCUAUCUAUCUAUCUAUCUAUCUAUCUAUCUAUCCUGCCUACUACACUAAAAUUCAUAUCUAUCUAUCUA